UGAACACACAGUUAGGAGCUAGCUUAAGUCAUAGCUAGCUAAUGUGGCUCAGCUUUAAGACAGAAAUGUGUUUACGGGCGGCGAAGACAAAAACAGUAUGACUAACACGCUGUUGUAACUCAAGGGCUUUUUCUUCAGCUAGUUAUACUUAGCUAAUCAGCGCGUUAGCUGUGUGGACCUGGUUUAGCUUAGCUAACUGUCACCGGGUUGUUUUGUUCUCCGUGAAAGUGGCAGUUUCCGUCAUAACACAUGAGUGUGUCGCUGGUUGUUAUCCGUUUGGAGUUAGCCGACCAGUCUCCCUUUCCACAGGGGUUCCAGUACUCAGCCGUUGAAGGCAUGUCAGAGGAGGAGCUGCAGGACAGAGCUCUGGGUUUAGCCAGACACACUCUCAGUGGAAAGACCGAGCUGGAAAGAGCAGCUGUACUGCACCAACACAUUGGCAGCAGAGCCAUGGGGGACAUGGUUAUAGAAACCUUUGAACCCAGCCCAGAUAAAGGAGGAGGUGAAGCGGAGCAGACGGAGCAGACCAGUGAACUUCAGGCUGUAAAGACUGAAGCAGACGGUCAAGAGGCUUCACAGGACAACAGUGCAGCGACAGGCGCUGCUCCAGACUCCCCCUCCAAACAGCUCCCAGACCAGAUCUCGUUCUUCAGUGGAAACCCCUCUGUGGAGAUCAUCUAUGGCAUCAUGCACCUCUACAAGACCAACAAAAUGACGUCACUGACUGAAGAUGUGAGACGCAGCGCCAUGGUGUGUAUCCUGACUGUCCCGGCGACCAUGACCAGCCAUGACCUCAUGAAGCUCUUGGCGCCGUUUAAUGAUGUUAUGGAGCAUAUGAAGAUCAUAAGGGACUCCACUCCGAACCAGUACAUGGUGCUGAUUAAGUUUUGUACUCAGGCAGACGCAGACAGUUUCUACACAGCGUGUAAUGGCCGCCAGUUCAACUCCAUAGAGGACGCAGUGUGCCAACUGGUCUAUGUGGAGCGGGCAGAGGUUAUAAAGUCUGACGAGGGAGCCAGUCUGCCGGUGAUGGAGCUGACGGAGCUGCCGAAGUGCACCGUGUGCCUGGAGAGAAUGGACGAGUCGGUCAACGGCAUCCUCACCACUCUGUGUAACCACAGCUUUCACAGCCAGUGUCUCCAGCGGUGGGAAGACGCCUCGUGUCCCGUGUGCAGGUACUGCCAAACACCAGAGCCAGUUGAAGAGAACAAGUGCUUCGAGUGUGGCGUGCAGGAGAACCUGUGGAUUUGUUUGAUCUGCGGCCACAUCGGUUGCGGUCGCUACGUCAGCCGGCAUGCCUACAAGCACUUUGAGGAAACGCAGCACACCUACGCAAUGCAGCUCACCAACCACCGUGUGUGGGACUACGCAGGAGAUAACUACGUGCAUCGGCUGGUGGCCAGUAAGACUGAUGGGAAGAUGGUGCAGUAUGAAUGUGAGGGAGACACAUGUCAAGCUGAGAAAAUUGAUGCACUCCAACUAGAGUACUCGUACCUGCUGACGAGUCAGCUGGAGUCUCAGAGGAUUUACUGGGAGAAUAAGAUCGUUCACCUGGAGAAGGAGACGGCCGAGGAGAUAAACAACAUGAAGGCGAAAUUUAAGGAAACCUUGGAGCGCUGUGAUAACUUGGAGCAGCGGUUGGGAGAAAUAACCAAAGAGAAGCAGGUCAUGGAGAAAAAAUACACUCAGCUGAACGGCCGAGUGGUGAAGCUGAGCCAGGAGCUGAAGGAGGAGCAGGAGAUGAACCGCUGUCUGAGAGCCAAUCAGACGCAGCUGCAGUCCCAGCUGGCGGAGGAGGAGCGCAAAGGAAAAGAGAGCGGAGACCGUAAGGACGAGACGAUAGGAGAACUGCAGGAGCAGCUCAGAGACGUCAUGUUUUAUCUGGAGACGCAGCAGCAGAUCGAACACCUUCCUCCGGAGGCUCGCAGCGAGAUCCAGGAGGGACAGAUCAACAUCGCAGCCAGCCCGGCGGACGGCCCCCUGGGCUCGGCGGGGGCGGGCCCUUCCUCCGGCAGAGGCAGGAGAGGCCGCGGCAGGAAGAGGAAGUAGGCAGCGUUUAAAGUCUGCAGGAAAGCACUAGAAAACUACGGCCACCUCUCGGUGUGGGCACAUGUCCACGGCCGUUCAUUGAUUAACAUGUGUCUGCUUGUUUGUGGUUCACCAGAAAGCACUCGGAGGAGAAACGAAGACUUGACAUUUCACACUCGACUUGUUGAAGAGUAAACAGUGCUGAUAUUUACCCGCUCAGUUUUACACCUUUUAACUUAAUGUCGCUUCUACGAGAGGAGAGAAGUGGAAAGUGUGGAUUUCUCAGUCAUUAAAGACACGACGACCCUCUGUGGUUCCCAAACACAUUUAACAUCUACGUGAUUAUAAAUAUAUUCUGCUGUUUCCACAUUUAAAGAGUAUCUAUUUUGGUCAUAAUUGUUAUUUAUCUGAUCAGAAUUGAUCAUUUGUGCCCAGUCUGACUCCGUGUGAUGGUUGUUGUUAACAAAGUCUGUUCGCCAUCUUUAUAUUUCCUCUUUUUACAUGUGAGCGCUGGGCAGAGAGAAGCUGGGAGGUUAAUGAGUUUGCUUUGUGUAAAGUUUUGUUUUGUUUUUCCCAGAAUCCUUUUAGGCUCAUCUCAUUUUUUUUUUUGUUUU